GGAAUUUCUGUUGAACUUUGUGAAAAGAUAAUUCAAUUUCUUUGUAAGAGCAAUAAAAGAUUCAGUAUUAAAACGUUACAUAUACUUGAUCGCAAUACCAUACAUGAUGAACAAGGAAAUGCAAGUGCUAUGUUCGGUGGUUUCCUGGUGGAAACUGCCACUGGAUCAAUAUUUCCCGCAACCUUUGAUAUAACAACAUAUCCAGAUGCAACCGUUAGAAAAGCUCGACUAAACGCCCCGUAUGGGAAAGAUAUGAGAUUGCUAGAGACAUAUGAAACUAUAUCCGAUAAAUUCGUUAUUGCUCCAUGUCAUUGGGACAUGGCUUUUGUGAAAGAUCGUGAAGCAUUGUAUAAACUACCAGAUAAAGAAAUAACUAAGGGAUACUUCACUACUCCAAUUAAUGACGAGAAGCUCAAUUCUAUCCUUGCGCGGCGGAUAAGAAG